AUGGUUCAAAUCCCAAAUACGCCAACGUUGGUCGCCGAAGAGAAUGUCAAUCAUAAGCAACGCAUCAAGAUGCAACCGGUUGCUCACGAAGCGUUUGCAAUGGAACAAUUGGCUCAACAAGUGUCAGCUCCAGAGCCACGUCAUCGUGGACCAGCCAUCAAGGAUAAGUCGGAAGGAAGAAAAGAUAGACUUCCAGUGACUGGAGAAUACUUUGAAAACGACAAGGGCGAUCGUUUCAUUCUUCGUCAAAAACUAGGAGAUGGGGCAAUGGGACACGUCUUCUUGAGCGUCUUUGGUUCAAGAACUGUUGCUAUUAAAACUGAAAAGUAUUCGACUGGAAUGCUUCCGAUGGAGAUAAAAGUGCUUUUGAGCAUCAAAAAGUACAAGGGGUCUCAUUUCUGUGAAAUCAUUGACUAUGGUACUAUUCGUCGUGAAUACAACUACAUGGUUAUCAGUCUCCUCGGAAAAGAUCUCUACCGUCUUCGUGCUGAGCAACCGAAUCGUUCGUUCUCUCUCAACACCACUACCAAAAUUGGAUUGGAGACUCUCGAGGCAAUCGAAGAACUUCAUGCCAUUGGAUACUUGAGUCGUGAUGUCAAACCGAGUAAUUUUGCUCCUGGAAUGCGCGAAUGUGGAGAACACAAAACGAUUUACAUGUUCGAUUUCGGGCUCGCCAAGAAGUAUCUCGACCGUGAAGGGAAGAAAAUGAAGAGUCGCGGAGAGGUUGGAUGGAGAGGAACCGUUCGUUACGGUAGUCUUCAAGCCCAUAAACGAUUGGAUCUUGGAAGACGUGAUGAUGUGGAAUGCUGGUUCUACAUGCUCAUUGAGAUGUAUGCUGGGGAGUUGCCAUGGCGUCAUAUGACUGAUCGCGCUCUUGUGGGACAGGCCAAACUUGCGAUUCGAAAUGAGCAACGUCAAAUCUUCUUCAAUCGCAUUCCAAGACAAUUUGAAAAGAUUAUUGAUUUGAUUGAUGGAUACAGCUUUGAGAUUAGACCGGAUUAUAGACAACUCAAGGGUUUGAUCAAUGAGAUCCGCUUUGAAAACAACAUUCCGGAUCGAUGCAAAUGGGAUUGGCAAAUCGAGGAAUCUCAACAUUCCGAGCUUACUGAAACCACUUCUGUCAUGUCUGAUGUUGCCAUUCUGGCUGAACAAGGUGUCACCAACUACACUGAUCGCGCUUGUGAGAAUCAAUAG